AUGUUCUCCGCUACCCUACAGCCUGGAAUUGUUUCUCUGUUCUCUUCCACAAGUUCAGAUCCUCUUUUCUUGUUCUCAACACAUAUCGACGAAUCCCUUCCGUCAGAUUCACUCAUUCACUUUGUCGAUGACGAAACAUCCGAGCCUGGUCCUCCUCAUCCAGCAUCCUUGAUCAAAAUAUCGGGCACCGGGCACGCACUAUGCCAGACUGUUUUGCACCUUCAAUCCCCUACCUUACCUACCACUUUUAUCCAGUCACCUCCCCACGGUUCAGAUUACCAAAGUCUAGGUCUGAAGCACCCUUGGAUUCACUUCCAGAUCCGAAAUUUGGAAAGAGAAUGCAGUAUAGAGAUCGGGAUUGUCGAUCAAAUGGGCAGAGAGGGAAGAAUUAGACUCUCGACUUUUCAGAAAGAUCCUCAACUCAAUAUUUCGCCGAGUAAAACGACAUACAAUGAUCACCUGUUACAAUCAUCUCCCUCGAACCAUUCAUCUCUCCUCCACCUUCCUCUUAACUUUCCCUCCUCCUCCUCACGUCCACUCACCUCCUGGGCCACGAUAACCCUCAAUAUCCCAAGUUUCCUGCCGUAUUUCACUGCCCUCGCAAACACCGAUUACCACUCGAUUUCGGAUGAUUCGGACCUAGUGCCCACGAGUCAGAGUAUAGAGAGGAGUAUCAUUCUGAGAACCCUUCCAAACGGGACUUAUUCACACGUUUCAUACGUGAGGGUGUACGCGACCUGUCGGCUUCGUAGAAUAUGGUCCAGUGAGGCUAGUCCGAGUCAAAGCCAUAGCGUGCCUUGGGAAUUCGAACUGUAUGGGGGCGGCGUCUGA